GUCAUCUUAUUUCAGAGUAACCAGAAAGUGGAUUUGUUAGGGAGUAUUUCUUCAUUUGGAAAAACAAUUAAAAAUUGUAGUUUACUGACACAUAUAUAUGUAGACAAAGCACUUAAAUGCAGUAAAAUCGAGAGAUUGACAAACACAAUAGAAAACCUAAUGGAAUCUCUAACCAUUGAAAUACACAAUAAAAAGGCAUCAAAUAUCAUCAUAAGCUGCAUCUAUAGGACACCAGGAACAUGUAUUGACACAUUCAAUAAAAAACUAACAGAUAUGCUCAGUUACUACAACGAUAAGAAAACACGAAUAAUAUGUGGUGGUAAAUAAAUACUAUGUACAGCAACAGCUUUUUCCCAGUAAUCCUGAAACCUAGCAGAAUAACAGUUGACACGGCCACAUUAAUAGAUAACAUAUUUAUAAAUAAGAUUGAUCAUAAAAUGGAAAGUGGACUUCUCAUUAAUGACAUAAGUGACCACCUACCUGUUUUUGCAGUUGUUCAUAAUUAUUUCGAUAGAAAAGCUAAAUCAACAACUCGUAUAACAGAAAUAAGGCUAAGAACCCAACGUUCCAUCGAUGCCUUUAAGCAAGACCUAGAAAAACAAAACUGGACCGAGGUCUACUCAAACGAAGACCCAAAUACAGCGUUUGAAGUAUUUCAGUCUACCAUAAUCUCCUUAUAUGAUAAACAUUUUCCAUUAACUAAAGUCUCCAAAAAGUAUAAAGACCCAAGUAAGCCAUGGAUAACGAAAGGCAUAGAAAAUGCAUGUAAAAAGAAAAACAAUUUAUAUAAAUUGUUUUUAAAAUUCAGAACUGAAGAAGCAGAAAAAAAAUAUAAGACCUAUAAAAAUAAACUGGUAAAUAUUAUAAGAACCAGUAAAAGAGAUCAUUAUCAUGCACUAUUAGAGCAGAAUAAAGGUAACACACAAGAAAUAUGGAAAAUACUUAACCAAGUAAUCAGAAAUAGUCCUAAAAAAAUUGAUUAUCCAGAGUAUUUUAUCAAAGGCAAAAAUACUAUUUUGGAAAAAACUGCAGAAAUAGCAACUGAAUUUAAUGAGUAUUUUGUCAACAUCGGCAGUAACCUAGCAAAACAAAUUCCUGAUCCAACAAACCUGUUUGAAAUAGAUAGAUACGUAGAAAAAAACUCCUCCACGAUGUUCCUUACUGCAGUAAAACAAGAAGAAGUAUCAAAUAUUAUAAAAACUUUUAAAAAUAAAAAGUCAACGGAUUGCUUUAAUAUUGAUAUGACAAUAAUCAAGCAGAUUAUAGAAUAUGUAGUGCGACCUUUCACACACAUAUGCAACCUGUCAUUCAAAGCUGGUAUCUUUCCAUCAAAAAUGAAAAUUGCUAAAGUUAUUCCAAUCUAUAAAAGUGGAGAAAAACAUCUGUUUACAAAUUAUAGACCAAUAUCACUACUACCACAAUUUUCAAAAUAUUAGAAAAACUAUUUUCUCGCAGACUUGAUAGUUUUAUACAAAAGCAUGCGCUUUUAAGUGAGAAUCAAUAUGGCUUCAGGGAAAAACGGACCACCUCAAUGGCAGUUAUGGAGUUUGUGGAAGCAAUAGCCACUAAUAUAGACAACAAAGAAUUUACUGUUGGGGUUUUCCUAGCUCUAAAAAAAGCUUUUGACACAAUAGAUCACAGUAUAUUAUUGAAAAAACUAGAAAGAUAUGGCAUUAGAGGGGUAGCUUAUAAAUGGAUAAAAAGUUAUUUAGAAAACAGAUAUCAG